AUGGCUGGAUCGAACACAGAUGGGAAUGUCUUCACAGCACUGUGCUCACUCCUGCACACUGACGAGAUAAUCACCCCCGAUUCGCCUGAUUAUCUCACAAGCAUCCAGACGUGGGCAGCUCAGAAGCAGUCAAGCCCCUGCCUGGUGAUUCGACCAAUCACGAUCGAUGCCUUGAGCAAGACCCUCGCCCACCUGUACGCCACCAACUUGGACUUUGCAAUCUAUGGCCACGGAUUUAGUUCUGCCUCGGCUAAGGAUGUCGUGGUGAAUAUGUCAGCAUUCGAUAACCUCCACCUAGAUGCGCAGUCGGAGUCGGUAAUCAUUGGUGCCGGACAGACAUGGGCGGAUGUAUACCAGAAGCUCAGCAAGGUGGCCCCGGAAUAUGGAAUCGUGGGAGCCCGCACGCCCUGUGUCGGAGUAGCAGGGACCAUCCUCAGCGGAGGCUUUUCGUGGCUUUCCAGUGAGUAUGGCUGUAUCUCCGAUCCAGUGAACAUGUUGGAUGCGAAAGUCGUCAAGUACGACGGUUCGGCGGUAUGGGCGUCUGCAGAGCCGGACUUACUGUGGGCACUCCGGGGUGGUGGCGGCGGCUUUGGUGUGCUGGUCCAGGUCAAGCUCCGACUAUUCCCUUAUCCACAAAGAAUCUGGGCAGGUGAAAUACUGAUCCCCCGGGAAAGGCUGGAGCAUGUCGCAGAGGGAAUUGCGAACUUCGUCGCACAACCAGUGGAUCCCAAAGUCACUUUGUUUUUGUACGUGGUGAAGGGUCGGCUGCUCCAGUCGAUUGGGACGGACUCAGAUAUGUUGGUACUUCAUGUAUUUGACGCCCAUGGGGAAGAGCACGGCCGAACCAACUUCCAAUGGGCGCUGAACAUACCUGGAGCUGUCGAUCAGACCAUGAUCACUACCCUUGCUGGUGUUGCAAAUUUAAAAGACAAAGCGCAUAUCGUCAAAGGCACCAUGAAACAGUUCUGUCAGCCGUUGCUGCUACGGGAAAUCUCGCAAGACACCAUAAUUAACGCAAUUAGGUGGUUCGAAGGAAUCCGAAAUGUGGACGAGUCGAUUGCCGAUUGCACCUAUCUCAUCUUCGAGUUGCUGAGCUCGCGGGAUCCAGUAGGAGGUAUAUCCAGCUGUGCAUGGCCACGACCCAGUGGUACGAACCAUAUUUUGCUCCUCGGUAUCGGGUGUCCUGCAGACGCCGGGCCAGACAAGGAGAGGCGGGCUCGAGAUCUAGCUAUCCAAGCCCCCUCCAUGGUAUCAGGAGAUAAUGCGGAAAUUCAUGUGCUGCCGAAUGGUUUCGAAGACUAUCAUGAUCAGACCAAGAUAUGGGGGCCUCAUCUUGCAAAACUGCAGAGUUUGCGGAGGCAGUUGGACCCCCGCGGGAGAUUCAAAGGGGCAGUUGAAGCGAUGACAGACUGGGCGUGA